ACCACAUCUUUCUUCUUCCACAGGGUGAUGGUGGGCCGUCUGUCCAGCGCUCCCACGUGGGCGCCCUGCUCUCAAUAAGACAGUGGCGACCACACCCACGUCCUCCCACAACACGCCUCCCACGCUACUUCCACUCCGCCCACUCCGCCCACUCCGCCCACAGCAAGCCAUGGACGAGGGGGACGAGGAGACAGGCAUAGACCCGCGCCCUGACAGCAUGGGGGGUGAGGUGACCGCGGGGGAUGCAGAGGCGGGGCGGGGCGGGGGAGGAGCAGGGGGUGGACAACUUCUCCUGGCCAAUCCCCAGCCUCCCGCCAUCCGCUCCUCACUGCUCGGCCCCGCCACGGACGCCAAGGAUGCCGCCAAGAACAAAAACAUCAAGAGUCACUGUAUCCACGGCAUGGGUGAAGAUGACGGCCACAACCGCCCCUACCAGGAGAUGGGUCAGCUAUCCAUCGAGGAGAAAAAAUACCUGCUGUCUGUGGAGAGGGGAGACGUGGCAGGGGUGCGCAGGAUUCUCAUCAGGGCCGCCGAGACAGGGUUUAUCAACAUCAACUGUGUGGAUCCCCUCGGCCGCUCAGCUCUCCUCAUGGCCAUUGACAACGAGAACUUGGAGAUGGUGGAGCUUCUUAUUAAGUUCAAGGUAGAGACAAAAGAUGCGCUGCUCCACGCCAUCAGUGAGGAGUACGUGGAGGCGGUGGAGGUGCUGCUGGAACACGAGGAGAUGGUGCACGAACCGGGAACUCUGCACAGCUGGGAGGACAUACCACCGGAGACUGCCACUUUCACCCCGGACAUCACCCCACUCAUCCUUGCUGCUCACCGGGAUAACUAUGAAAUAAUUAAGAUUCUACUCGACCGAGGUGCGACCCUACCUGGCCCGCACGAUCUCAGGUGCGGCUGUGAUGAGUGCGUCACGUCUCGGCUGGAGGACUCGCUGCGCCACUCCAGGUCACGCAUCAACGCCUACCGCGCCCUGGCCUCGCCCUCCCUCAUCGCCCUCUCCUCCAAGGACCCCAUCCUCACUGCCUUCGAGCUGUCCUGGGAGCUGCGCCGUCUCUCCUUCAUGGAACACGAGUUUAGGAGCGAGUAUCAGGAGUUACGGAAGCAGUGCCAGGACUUCGCCACAGCCCUGCUAGACCACACCAGGUCCUCGUACGAGUUGGAGGUCCUUCUUAACCACGAUCCCUCAGGCCCCCCACACGAGCACGGGGAAAGGAUGCACCUGAACAGACUUAAAAUGGCAAUUAAACUCAAGCAAAAGAAGUUCGUGGCCCAUCCCAACGUGCAGCAGCUCCUGGCCUCCAUCUGGUACGAAGGCCUCCCAGGGUUCAGAAGAAAGAACAUGGCAUUGCAAGCGCUGGAGAUCGUCAAAAUUGGCUUGCUGUUUCCUUUCUUCUCCAUCAUCUACAUCCUAGCGCCCCACACCUCGCUGGGGCAGACCAUGAGAAAGCCCUUCAUUAAGUUUAUCUGCCACUCUGCCUCCUACCUCACCUUCCUGUGCUUGCUAAUCUUGGCGUCCCAGCGGAUUGAGACCGUUAUAGUGGAUUGGUUCGGCGCCACGCCCACGCUCAAGAAAUGGGUGGCGACGGACGUGACCACCAGAAGAGGCGCUCCACCCAGCCUAGUGGAGUGGCUCAUACUGGCUUGGGUGUUCGGGUUGAUAUGGUCAGAGAUCAAACAAUUAUGGGAUGUUGGUUUGCGGGAGUACGUAGCAGAUAUGUGGAAUGUUAUAGAUUUCAUCACGAACGCCCUCUACGUGGCCACGAUAGCGCUACGCAUUGUGGCUUACUACCAGGUGCUUCCCCCCAGCAAGGUACAGAGAGAGAUCCGGCAGAACCUUGGCACGCAGGACCUUCCCCGUCAGAAGUGGGACACGUGGGAUCCUAUGCUAAUCGCCGAAGGACUUUUCGCCGCUGCUAACAUCUUCAGUUCCCUGAAGCUGGUGUACAUCUUUAGCGUGAACCCUUAUCUCGGGCCCCUGCAGGUAUCUCUCUCUAGAAUGGUAGUUGAUAUUCUCAAGUUCAUCUUCCUGUACCUGCUAACUCUCUUCGCCUUCUCCUGCGGCAUGAAUCAGCUGUUAUGGUUUUAUGCUGACCUGGAGAAGCAGACGUGUAUUGAGGAGAAAGAGAAACUGCUGAUGAACAUGACAAGGUGUAGUGACGAGAAGGGUGUUAUGAUCGACCCGGAUGACGUGAUGAACAUGAGCCCAGACGUGGAUUCCUGUAUUGUUUGGAGGAGGUUUUCGAAUCUGUUCGAAACGACACAGACCCUCUUCUGGGCGGCAUUCGGGCUGAUCGACCUCACCAACUUCGAACUGACGGGGAUCAAGCCUUUCACUCGCUUCUGGGGGAUGUUAAUGUUCGGCACCUACUCUGUCAUCAACGUCAUUGUACUCCUUAACCUUUUGAUUGCAAUGAUGAAUCACUCUUACCAACUGGUUUCCGUAAGUUCUGGACGAAGUGGCUUCAAGGAAAGAGCGGACGUCGAGUGGAAAUUCGCGAGAAGUAAGCUGUGGAUCAGUUUCUUCGAGGAGGGGGGAACCUGCCCGCCUCCGUUCAACAUCAUCCCGACCCCGAAGAGUGUUUACUACCUCUUCCACUGGUUCUACAAAAAGUUCUGUGGCCAAACCAAGGCUGCCAAGAAGGAGCACAUGAGGACCAUACGGAGGAAGGAAAGGCAAGCGAGCGAAAGGGAUGUGAGAUAUCAGAGCAUUAUGCGUAACCUGGUGCGGCGCUACGUGACAGUGGAGCAGCGCAAGGCGGAGAACCAGGGCGUGACGGAAGAUGACGUCAACGAAAUUAAACAAGACAUUUCCGCCUUCCGCUGCGAACUGGUGGAGAUCCUCAAGAACUCUGGCAUGAACACCUCCACAGCCACAGCCACAGGUCAAGGUACAGGAGGAAAGAAGAACCGGCAGAAGGAGCGGCGGCUGAUGAAAGGCUUCAAUCUGGGCGUGGGUUCCCUGGCCUCACACUUCAGCAUCGCCACCUCCACAGUCUUGCCGGCAACAGCUGAGGUGGUGGAGGUGGCGGUGAAGCGGUCGCCGCAGAACAAGCUGGCUCGGCUGGCCCGGCUGGCGGAGGCGCGGCUGGGACGGCCGACCAACAAGAAGCGCUGGGGCACCCUGGUGGAGGCGGCCAAGAACGCUCGCGUCAAGAAGCUCCUCUCCCGCUCCCGCUCCGACGAGUCCCUCUCCUCCGACCCGGCCGCGGGGGACUCCGAGGGCGGCGAGGUGCCGCCGCCCCAGGGCAUCCUGCGCUCCGGGGGCGACAGCGGGCAGGAGAGGCCGGGCGCCGCGGCGGGCGGCACCAUGCACCUGGACGCAGCGGCGCUGGUGACGCAACAGCAACAGCAACAGCAGCACCAGCAGCAGCAACAGCAGCACCAGCAGCAGCCUGCAGCAGCGGGACAGCCCGAGCACCCCAAGGCAACACCCAAGAACUCCGUGAGCUUUGAGGGCCCCGGGCUGGGCAGCUUCUCCACCCCCUCACACUCCUCCACGGAGACAGAGCCGCCCCCUCCUUACCCUUCGUGGACGCCCACUCCUCCCACCACCACUGCCGCGCCCCCUGCCGGUGCGCCUCCCUUCGUGCCCGCCUCCCCCUCCUCGGGUAGUGGGUCCCUGCUACCCAUGCCCGUCAGUGAGUCCUCGGAGCCCCUCGUGAGUGGUCGCCCCGCCAACGGGUCCGUGCAGCAAGCGCCUCAUCUGCCCGGCGUCCAGCCCGUCAACAGACACAUGGCGGCCGGCUGGCUGUGAUGCCCUGGUGCAGUCAGACCUUCCACCCCACAUCCCGGAGCGACCGCCCCUCACCGCCCAUCUGUAAAUACUUCACCACCACCACAAGCCACCACAGGAACCCUUCACUUGAGACUUUAUUGGAACCUUUUUCGACCUCCCGCGUGGAGACAUGUGAUAAGGACAGCUGUCAUCCCUCAUGUGUGCAUUUGUAUGUAAACCAAAGGGAAAAAAGUGCCAGAAAAAUUAGUGUUUUUAUAAGUAUAUUUAAUGUAUUUAACGAAGGUGGGUUAACGUUCUUAUACCUGAUAUAUAAGUUGUAUUCGUUAAUCCCAGAAUCGUUGUAACUUUGUAUAACUUACAGAAAAGCGUGUGUGUGUGCGUGCGUGCGUGUGUGACCACUUGCGAGAUAUUCACCAGCCCAUGCAAGUGGCGGUGGGCGUCGGAGCACCACUCCGCACCACUCCGCGCAGCGCCACGCUGCACCACGCCACCAUCUCGCACUAUGUCAAUACAUGUGUAACACGGGUUUAUAUGUAAAUGUGUAAAGACACGCAUACAGGCAGAUGGCAGCACUCACACGGCCCACACCCACACACUCGCUGGUUUACUUUCGCUUUUCAAGGACCGUAUUCUGAAACACUACGCCGCACCUCCACUACAUUGAUAAGGUUCUAGUUGAGGUUACACGGGUUUUUAAGGGUGUUUUCAUGUUCUAGUGGCAGAUUAACAAGAUUUUUGCAUUAUGAACAGGAGAAAUAGUCUUGAGAACCCGGUUAAUCAUCCCUGCGACCUUUGAAAAUAGUCGUGGUGAGAGAGCAAAGCGUUUCAGAAUACGGUCCUUUAUUGCACUGUGUUGAUUCCUCCUCUGCCCGUGUUUCACCAGACAGCAGGUCGCGGCACGCACAUUACCCACAUUGUUCUUUGUUCUCUUUGUUCCCACACAGAGGGCUCGUGUAGUGCUAAGUGCGAUAUGUUUGCUGUCCAUUUUUUUCAGUGCCGUGACCUUUAGUGCUUGUUGUCAUUUCCGUUUUCUGGAAGCUUGUGUGGUCUGCUCGUCGUGACAGGCAAGGUUUAUCGAGUGACGUAGAGGGUCAUGUCGCCACACACACUCGAUGGUCAGCACGGGGGUCACAACGUAGUGGCGUGAAAACGGCCAGCUUCCUUCAGGACAAACUAGUGUGGGUGCUCCGUGCUCUAGCCACUCUGACACCGCUUCCCCACUGAAUGAAUCAAAGCAAGGGCCUUCAGAUGACCACGAGGAGUCAGGGUUUGGGUUGAGACAAAGAACAUUUAUUUAGUAGCCGCAGUACAUUAUUAAUUAUUCACAUUAUUCAUCGCUCUGAUCUGCAUAGGACCGUAUCCUGAAACACUUCUGCGCCGCACCUCCACUACUUUCAAAAGGCACUAGUUGAAAUUACACGGGUUUUUAAGAGCAUUUUUAUGACUGUAGUGAUAGAUUAACAAGAUUUCUACAUUAUUAACAGGAGAAACACUCUUGAGAACCCAAUUAAGCAUCUCUGUGAUCUUGGAAAAUAGUCGCGGUGAGAGAGCAAAGCGUUUCUGAAUACGGGCCAUGAUGUGAUCUGAAGGCACAGCUGACACCACAUCAACAUCACCAGCGCAUCGAGUCCUUUUGGUUGUAGAAUCGGGUCCCCUUCCUGACCGCCUUCCUCUCCCGCUAGGCUAAGCUCAUGUGGCCAGCUUGGACGUGUAAGCCUUGCCAGUGCUGGUCUGUCUGCAUAUACAAAUAAGUAUUUAAGCUUUUUGAUAUAUGGGGCGAGGUUGUUUUCUAAUGACAGAUGUAAAGAAAAGACAAAAAAAAAAAAAAUCAACAAAAAAAUAGUAAAAUGCCUAAGAUAUUUAUUAAUGUAGCUGAAUAUUUCCGUUUUUUUCUGGUUCCAGUAUUCGUUAAUCGUUAGUUCGUUCGUUUGUUUGUUUGCAUGUCCUAUAAGAUUAUAUGACGUUGGUGCUAUACCCUUAUUUAGAACCUGAGGAAGGAGGGACCGCGAGUGAUGAGAUUGAGGUGAUGCUGAACGUCGACUUCUUAUUACACUCCUUCUGAUAUCGUCGACUUUUUUAAAAAACUCCUAAAUCUUCCACACUCGGGCGAACGAUAGAGAGUGAGAGUGAGAGAGAGAGAGAGAGAGACAGACUUGGCUGGCUGGCUGGCUGUUUGUUUGUUGUCUUGACGGGUUGUUGUUGUUGUUGUUGUUGUUCCUGUUGUUGUUCUACCUGAGCACGAAGGAUGGUUGAUGACUGACUCGCUAAAUGGAAGGUCGAUGGAGGGUCUACUGAGCGGGAGAAACAGUGAAUGGUGACCUGAUGUUUCGUAUCAUUAGUUUUUUCUCUCUCUCUCUCUCUCUCUCUCUCUCUCUCUCUCUCUCUCUCUCUCUCUCUCUCUCUCUCUCUCUCUCUGCAGCAGGUCGCGUCGUGAUUGGUUCGCUGCUUCUCCCUCAGAGUAGCGCAGAAAGGGAGGCUAAGGAGACUCUAUUGGGGAGACACGACUCUCCCUGCCCUCCCUUCCUCCUCCUCCUCCUCCUCCUCCUCCUCCUCCUCCUCCUCCUCCUCCUCCUCCUCCUUUUUUCCUUUCCACAGCCACACCACUUCCCUUGCAUUUUUCAAGAAUAGAAAGUGUGUGUGUGUGUGUGUGUGUGUGUGUGUGUGUGUGUGUGUGUGUGUGUGUGUGUGUGUGUGUGUGUGUGUGUGUGUGUGUGUGUGUGUGUGAGUUUACAUUUUCUCUAAAGGUAGACUUCCAAUACGCACAAAUGUUCUUUUUGUUCUCUCAUUGUUAACUUGAAUCACCCUUCACGCUUACUACACACACACACACACACACACACACACACACACACACACACACACACACACACACACACACACACACACACACACGGGAUGAUGUGUUCUUUUGUAAAUAACUUCUUGAACUUUGAACUAGAUGGAGAUUUUCUACUUUGUAUCACACACACACACACACACACACACACACACACACACACACACACACACACACACACAC